CAAGGGACGCGGCGUCCAUAAUUGGCGCGAGCACAGCAGCAGCAUUUCAUUUAUUUGUUGUAUUUUUCUUUAUACUUCUCAAGAUGGAACAAACGACGUCAGAGACACAAAUGCUUGAUAAUGCGCCGAUCUCAUCGCUUUCAUCGUUUAGCUACAUUCCUCCCGGACGGAAAUAUUCGAAGGACCUUAGUUAUUUCAAUACUGAAGGAAAGGGUCAACAUAUUUCAGCUUUUGACUGCCAUUUCAGAAAAUCUGAAGGCUACAAUGAGAAGCUUCACCGUGAUGACAGAGAACACGCUAAGAGCAGAGGACUUGAUGUGCACAGUGAGGAAAUGUCAAGACCUGUGCCUGUCCUGUCCUCAUCAGACUAUGGGAGACACCAGGCCUACGCUCUGGAUAAAACAGACCGACAGCACGUGAGAGUUGGACUCGUACGCUCCGAAUUUUAUAGGAAAAAUGGGAUUUAUCACUCUGUUGAAGAAGGAUAUGGAUCCGUCUUUCCAGCCUAAGUGGAAAUUUGGCUGAAGGAGAAUAAUAUCUAGUUGAUUUGGAGCCUUGUAAGUGGCACCAGUAUUCAUCAAACAAAGUUCAGCAUGGUGAUUAAAACAAAGAAUUAAAAUGAUGUCGAGCGUGUGCAUUAUUGCUGUGUUUGCUUAGGUCUUUCUGCAGGUUGAUGAAUUUCCUUCCUCGUUCCUAAGACGUGAAGGUUAGCUGGAUUGGUGACUGGUGCUGAAUGAGCACUGAAUGGUUUGGAGAUCUCAAUCCAUCUGUCCUUCAGGGCUUUGGGAUGAGGAAGUAAAUCGGAGAACAAACUUAGUUAGGUAUCAGAGACAUGACAGCCUCAUCCAUCUUGCAAAGAACCUGCCAGGAUGGGUCACGAAACUGAACAGGAAUGACUGGCUUUAGAAAACAGAUGGAUGGAUGGAGAAAACUGGAGAGCUGACACCAGAAUACCAUGAAUGGCACAUUGUACGAUGCAUAUUACAUGAACCAUACAAUAUUCAUCUACUUUUGGUGCCGGUAAUUUUGUUUUACACAAUUUGUUUUACUGUAUUAUGCUGGAUUUCUAAGACAAAAAGCACUUAUAAGGAAAAUUAUACUGGAUUAAUAUUUUU